CAUUUAAUUAGUGCUGAUAAGAAUAUGAAAUUUUGAAUAUCUCAUAAUUGAUUCAUAAGAGACAAGUAUAAAAAGAUGUCUAAUCCAGAUCCAACAAAAGAUAAUGAUAUUGCUGUUCUUGAGCCAAACAAUGACGCAUUAGUGACAAUUAAUCUCAAUAAUCAGGCUAGUGCAGUUACAUCAACAACAGCAACUUCAACAACUACCACAACAACAACAGCAAAUCCAUCAAACAAUGUAGAAACGAAUAGUGAAGAUCAAAAUUCCAGCAUCGGAAGUCAGCGAUCUUUAAAUAACAGACUGUUUCCAUUUCGUUUUAGUCGAGAUCUUCUUAUCAACAACGUGUUUCAAGAAAUUCGUCCCUUAGUGCAAAACACGAGUACUGCCAACGCUCCAUUUGCAUCAUGGAUGCGCAGUUCCAUCCACAGUGUCCACAGUGAUGAGCAUGCAACUCAAACUGAUAGUUCUCGUCCUAAUAAUAAUAAUAAUAAUAAUAAUGACACUGAAAGUACCACUGGUGACAGUGUCAUCAUAAAUUUGGGAUCACCUUCAACAUCUGCAUAUGCAAGACAACAUUCAGCUCCUGCCCGCACAACAACUGAAUCAGGAAAUGAUGAUAUGGGAACAUCAAGCACAAAUCAAUCGAGAACUUCGCUUCAACAACACCAAAGUGCAGAUUCAUCAAACAGUGGAUCAAGCGGAUCUGAAAACGAUCCAAAUGCCGCUGAAAAUGCUAACGAUUCACUCGCACAAAUUCCUGAAGCUCGAGCUUUCAUCUAUACAGUUUCACGUUAUUUUCCCUACGUGUGCAUUCUAUUUGCAAAAAGUUGUUAUGAUCAUCUUGAUGGAAUUUUGGAUAUAUUUGCAUUAUUUGUUGUGUUUGCACACUCAAACUUCACGCUUAAACAAGAGAUCACUAAACAAGGCCAACGUCGAUAUCUGUAUCUUAUUCGAGAACUUCUUUAUAUAAUAAUUGUUGUGACGAUUAUUGGAUUUAUAUUGGAAAAGAAAGACACAUUUAUUAGCUUGUUCUUCGCUCCUAUCAACUUUCCUGCCGAGGAUAAAACACUUGCUUUAAAGGAUCUUCUAUUCAGUGUUUGCAUUACUGACCUCAUUUUAAAACUUGUUACUGUCGCUAUUAAAAUUCUUUUCACAAUGUUGCCAAGAAGAGUUGUUGAGUUUAAAAAUCGAGGACGAGUUUAUUUGUUGAUUGAAGCUAUUUCACAACUAUAUCGAGCACUUGUUCCAAUACAGCUGUUGAUGUAUUUAUUGGAGUCAUACAAAGGAACAGAGAAAAUUAUGGGAGUUAUAUUGUCAGCUGCUUAUAUAGUUGCUAAAGGGUCAGAUAUACUGCAAAGAGUAAAGUUCUUGAAACGAUCGUUUAUCAAAUUCCUUCAGAAAACGUCAUUUGGAACGAUGGCAACAAAGGAACAAAUUCAAGCCGCUGGUGGAACUUGUCCCAUUUGUCACGAUAAUUAUCAAGAUCCUGUAAUCUUAAAUGAAUGUAAUCAUAUUUUCUGUGAACUUUGCCUUCUUGGAUGGUUGGAUCGGGAGAAUAACACUUGUCCUUUGUGUCGUGCAAAGAUUGAUCAAGAUAAUCCAGGAUAUCGAGACGGUUCAACAACUUUCUUCAUUCAAUUUUACUAAAAAGCACUUUUGAAGCACUCUUAUUAAUAAUAUUAUGGAAAUGAAGCUUUCAAUAUGGAUAGGAAAUGAUGAAUAGAAUUUUGUAAUUUCUGGUCACUUUGUUUUGAUGAUAUAGAAUUAUGAUGGAUUGAAAAACGCUUCUGUUAAAUAAAAAAUUGUCCGCAUUUAAAUUUGAUAAUUUACAAAAAAGUUAAUAAAAAAAGAAAACAUUGUGAUGUUUAACAAAGCACUUAAGAGAAAUAAAAAAUAGGUAUUUAUAAAGUUGAAAAGAUCGC